AUGCCACUCAGGCCCUGGGCUCCAGACCUGGAUGCAUUCCAAACGGGUUGGGUCUCUGUGCCCCCCAACCCUGCGGGCAACCCGCCCCCACCCCCAUUUGCGCGGAGGUCACCGACUCCUCGGGGUGCGGAGCGCCAGAGGGGGUUAUUUCCAGGCUCUGUCUACGUUUCACUGUCGCACUGCGGGCUCCCGCCCCACCCCCGCUCAUUUCAGGUUCGCGAAAGGAUGGAGUGCGCAGAGGAGGGGCGUCGAGGUGGCGGCCCACCCCCACCUGCCCGCGUCCCCCUCCUCUCCAGCCUCCGGGACCGCUGCCCCGCGCCGCCGCCCCGGGCCCCUAACCGCACCCACCCCCGCCCCUGCCCCUGCCCCGGGCCGCCGGCAGCACCCACCUCCACACUGACCUGCGGGGCCGCGGCAGCCUGCGCCUCCUCGGGCUCGCCGAAGCCCGCUCGCCGCUCGCCCGCCGCCCGGGCAGCUCAGGGAGCUGGUUCCGCGCGGGCGACGGGAGCGGACGGCGCACCGACCGGACCGCAGGGCGGGCGGGCGGGCGGGCGCGGGGGCUGCUGCCCACGUCGGCGCCCGGCCGGUCACGUGAGCGCCGCGUCACCCGAGCUCGGCCCCCGCCCCGCCCCUUUACCCCCAUCCCCGAGGGACCCGGCAGCCGCGGAGCGGGGCGCGGGCGGGUGGCAAAGGGCAAGUCACAGAGAGAGCGGGAGCGGGGUGGCUUCCCGACCACAGGUGCUUUACCCGCCUCUCUGCUCCGCUCACAGCAUCCCUCCGAGAUGCCCAGGGUCGCCUGCGUGGUCACAGGGAGGUUACCCGACUUCCCCAAGAGCGCUCAGCCAGAGCCCCACAGCCCUCUUUCAAGACCGGCUCUGUCUGAAUCCAGAGCCGGGGUGGUAG